AUGGUCCUAGUUCCCAAAGCCAAGCAAGUGUCUACCUUCAAUCACCUAAGACUCAUAAGUCUCUGCAAUACAGUGUACAAGAUUUUCUCAAAGCUCCUUGCUAAUCGGAUACGCUGUGUCCUUGACAAAAUCAUUUCUCCCACGCAGACUGCUUUUGUGCCGGGAAGAUGGAUUGGAGAAAACUCCAUCCUAGUAAAUGAAAUCAUCCAUUCGAUGAACAAGAAGAAGAAAGCCCACGGGCUCGUAGGCUUUAAGAUUGAUAUGAUGAAAGCCUAUGACCGUGUGGAUUGGGUGGAGUUACUGUUGAAUGGCAGCGUCUUCAGCAAGCUUGAAAUGAAAAAAUGUCUUAGACAAGGAGAUCCCCUCUCUCCUUUCCUCUUCAUUAUAUACUCAAAACUUUUAUCCAGAUUGUUCAUGAAGUUGGAAAAUGAAGGUAGAAUACAUGGUAUCAAACUGGACAGAUCAAGCCCAGCGAUCACACAUUUGAUGUUUGCAGAUGACGUUCUUGUUUUCUGCAGAGCAAAUCCAAAUGAGGUCAAAGAAGUUUUUGAGUGUCUUAACUCAUACUGCAAAUGGACAGGUCAAAAAGUCCAUAUUGCUAAGUCAGCUUUUGAGGCUCUUAAGAAGAUGGUUGAAGCCAAGCUCCAAGGUUGGAAGGCAAAAUUACUUUCUCAAGCUGGCAAGCACACCUUAGUGAAAUCUGUAGUCACUGCUAUCCCUUUAUAUGCUAUGUCUGUGAACAAUCUCCCUUCCAACUCGUGUCAUGACAUUGAGAAAAUGGCGUGUCAUUUUAUCUGGAACAGCAGAGAACGAGGUAAGAGCUAUAUUCCAAUCUCCUGGAACAGAAUUUGUAGACUCAAAGCUGCUGGCGGGCUUGGCAUAAGAAGACUCAAAGACAUGAAUCAAGCUAUGCUCAGUAAAUUGGGUUGGAGCUUGGCUACAUACUCGAGUAAAGCUUGGGUUCAAGCAUUAAAAGCAAAAUAUUUUGCAGGAAGUACUUUCUUGAGAUGCAAGAAAAAGAAAGGUAGCUCUCGGAGUUGGAAUGGCAUCUUGCUGGCUAGAAAACUUAUUCUGAAUGGCCUAUGCUAUAGGGUGGGAAAAGGGAAUAAUAUCAACAUUUGGGAAAACCCCUGGGUCCCAAACAACCCAGAUUUUAAGCCAGUUCCAUCCUCGGCGGAACAAACCAGAGCUGUAGAGAUGGUGGAUUCCUUAAAGCUCAUGGAUGGGAGUUGGAAUAUGGAGAAGCUCCAAGAUAUGUUUGAUCGAAACACUGUUCGAAAUAUAUGCAAAAUUCCGUGUUCCAGCCAUGGUUUGGAAGAUAAACUCAUUUGGAGUGGUACCUCUAAUGGCCUAUUCUCAGUCAAGUCUUCUUUUAAGAUGGAAUUCUGGAAAAACCUACCUCCCUUUCCUUGGUGGAAGCAUCUCUGGCCCUCAAAAAUACAUGAACGUACAAAAUUCUUUCUAUGGAAACUGGCCAAUAAAGGUUUAGCCACUGCUUCCAACUUAUUAGACAGGAAUAUGAUGGUGGUGAGCCAGCUUUGUGUGCAUGGUUGUGGCUGUCGGGAGACAGAUAGUCAUCUGUUCUUUCAUUACCAGGUUGCCAAGGCAAUCUGGUUUGCUACACCUUGGAGUAUUAAAUGGGAUUCGCUUGAAAAUCUAUCACUGGAAGAGAAACUAUUGGUUUUAACCAAUCCAACUGGCGUGCUCCUAGUUCAUUCAGAUGACAAAGAAGAGUUCUUCCUAUUCCAAGAAGCGAAAUUUGCAGCCAAUUUUUGCUCAGGAGCUCACAACAUGCUCCACAGCAGACCAGCAAGGAGGACUCCACCCUUACAAUGUAUCAAAAUAAAUACAGAUGCAGCAAUAAGGGAUGGGUCAAGCAUGGUAGCAGUUAUAGCCAGAGACCAAAAGGGCUGUUUACUUAAGAUCAAGGCAGUUCAAUGUAACUCAGAUAUCCCAGAAGUAGCUGAAGUUUUUGGAGUGCUUCAGGGCUUGCUAUUAGCACAAGUAGAAGGCUGGAAUAACUUAUGGUGUGAAUCAAAUGCAAGGAUGCUAGUUCAAAGCCUAAACAAUCCUGAACGCCAUUUAAGCCACUGGGUUGCUGCAGGUUUUAUUUUUGAUAUUCUGCGUUUCUUGAAAGAUUUUCAGGAAGUUCAUUUUGCUUGGAUCCCUAGGGAGGAAAAUAUCGUAGCUGAUUUUGUUUGUAGCUGGUGUUUAAAGCACAAUAUUAGUGGUUUUUUGUCUCAAAGUUCCCUCCCUAGCAGUUUCUCUGCCUUUGUAACCCAGGAGGAGUGUGGCGUGUAG